UCGUGGGGUGUGUUUCAUUCUCAGGCGCUUGCUCCGAACCGAUAAUCUCGCCGUGAGAAACGCGUCGUUCCGUCCGCUUGAAAUUCAAAUAUUUAUAAUCGUAUAUUUGUAUUAAAAUAUAAACGCCCGCUUAUUUAUGCGUUUUGUUUCGUGAGAUCGCUGACAGUUCAUAAUAGGGCGUGAAGAAUUAAAUAAAUUUGUGAGCAAUUUAAAUUAAUAAAAAUUAGGCCGCAAAAUGAGCCUCAAAAUGAUGGCGUUUGCUUGUGCUCUGCUGCUCCUGUGCACCUUGACCCACGUCCUGUCGGCAGCGACCACAGUGCGACCCUACAAGUUCGGCUUCACCAUCGACGAGCAGCAGCAUCGGGCGGAGAAGAGAGAUGAACGCGGCAUUAUCAUGGGCGAGUUUGGGUUCAUCACCGCCGAUGGAAUAUACCAUGUUACGGUCUAUGCCACCGACGAGGAGGGCAAGUUCCGCAUAAUCUCCAUGAAGAGCUAUCCCUACGCAGGUCCCGUCGGUCAAAAGACACUGUCUGUGACAACGACUCCAAAGGCAUUGCCACUUCCGCUUCCGGUGGCUCCUCCCAGGAAUACCUUCAUCACGGAGGGAUGUGCCGGCUGUUUCCUGAAGAAGUCUCCUCCCAAGACGGAGAUUCGCACUCUUUCCCAGCCAUUGUCGCCAGCUCAAUCAGGUAAGCCCGAGGGCUCUCCGGAUUACGGCCUGAAUGUGCAGUUGCCCUUCCGGGAGUCCAUUGCCCAGACUGUGGCAAGGCGUCUUGGCUCGGACCAAGAUACACAGCAAAGCACCAACACUUACACGAAUGCACCAAACACUAAACACAUCGAACUUGGUCUUAACUUAGCCAUGAACACUUACUACACAACCAAGGGCGCUGUGACCGGACAUGUGAGCACUCAGACCUCGAAUUCUCAAUCAUCAAGUGGCAACACAAAGAUCGACUACAAUGUGGGCGUGGUCGAGCGGGCCGGACCGCCAGUGUAUCCACCAUUGAACAUAAAGUUGGAUGAGUCAGCAAUAAGGGAAGCCAUCACGUAUGCCGGCCGGGUAACAGGUCCUGUGGCCCUGGCCGAUCAGCCACUUAUUGCCCCAGCAUCGGUGCCUGCCAGUCAAGUGAAAAUCUUCUCUGUAGAUGAAAAUGCCAACCUUCCGCUUGCCAGCUAUGUUCAAUCCGUAGCACAACGUCCAAGUGCUGACAUCAGAAACAUCCUUCGAUCGGGUGUUGCCUCUGCGAAAACAGUGGCGCAUUCGAAGGCACAGCCCACACUCACACAGAACCCACACCAAGCACUUCUUUUGAAUUCAGCAACCACUGCGGGAAUUUCUGGAGUGUCAGCCAAUUCACCAACCGGAAGUUCAGCAAACAGCGGAAGCUUCUCUGCAGGAAAAUCGCCUGCUGGAGGAUCUGGAGGAUCACAAACUGGAGGACCUGGGGGUGUUUUCGGCGUUGGAGGUUCAGACGGAAGCAAGGCAUCAGGUGGUUCAGCUGGAGGAAGCUCACCAGGAUCUGGAUUCGGAGUUUCUGGAGGAAGGAACCCAUCUGGAGGUUCCGCUGUCGGAAGUUCGUCAGGAUCUGGAUUUGGAGGAGUCGGUGGUGGAAGCUCGUCAGGAUCUAGACUUGGAGGAGUCGGUAGUGGAAGCUCGUCAGGAUCUGGAUUUGGAGGUGUCGGUGGUGGAAGCUCAUCAGGAUCUGGACUUGGAGGAAUCGGUGGUGGAAGCUCGUUGGGAUCUAGUCUUGGAGGAGUCGGUGGCGGAAGCUCUUCAGGAUCUAGACUUGGAGGAGUCGGUGGUGGAAGCAAAGCCUCUGGUUUUGGCGGAGGAAUUGGUGCGGGAAGCGGAACUGCCGCUGGAGCAACGGGAGAUCUGUACAAAUUCAAGUACAUCCUGGACUACAACGGACACGAGGAGACUGGCGGUCGCAAUGGCGACAAGCAGGGAAGCUACUUCGCCAUCGGCGAGGAUGCAGUGCAGCGGACCAUCGAGUACAUUGCGAACGAGUUUGGAUUCCAGCCGCACGUUAGCUGGCGGAAAUUAGACGCCAAGGAGGCGCUGCCCGAGGAGAAUUCGCUGAAGCACUACGAGUUCAAGUGGUUCAACCAGGAGCAGUAGCCGCUGAUUCUGCAGCGGAUUAGUCCAAGUCUAGGGUAGUCACCACUUUCCCCCCUGCUGUACAUAACAAGUCUUGUUAAUUUUCCCAAUAAAU